CUUGCAGUUGGUGGGGAGGAAAAGGGAAACAUCCAGAGACAGAGAGAGAAAGAGAGACGAAACCAAGCGAAGUUGGAAACAGGAGAGAGUGGAGCACAUGUGGGCAGAUGGGAGGACAUAUUGACCUGGACCAGAGAAGCAAAGGGCUGCCUUGACUGACCAAGGAAGACCAAACUCGCAACUGGAUCUUCUGUCAAGCUCUGGUAUUUAUAAAGGUCUGGAAGCCCAACUUCUUCCGGGCUUCGCCCUGGAGGCCACAAGUUCCUGUGGAAGGACAACAGAGGGGGAAUGCUGUGGGAGCUGCUCACCUCCUCAUGCACCCCCUCUGGUGUCGCCUUUGCUCACCGUGGAGGAGCCAAGCUUCACCACUGUGGAACUAUGCCAAGACGGACAAGACAUGCACCUGACUGCUAAAGAAGGGGGUGUGCAUAAGAUGACUGAUCCAGAUCCAAACUGUGAAGACAUGCAGAAGAAGGACCAAAGACUGCCAUUCCAGAUUUUCCCAGACCCGAUAGAAAUUGUCUUGGGCCCAGAGGCGUCACUGAACAGUCCAGAUCGGGACAAGGAGCGUCUGCCAUCCAUUGUUGUGGAGCCAACAGAAGUGAGCGAAGUGGAAAGCGGUGAGCUGCGCUGGCCUCCCGAGAACAUAGAAACAGAAGACGAUGAGGAGGACCUGUUCCUGGAGCAGUGCAUCCCCCCAGCCAACAUUGCUGACUGGGGAGAAGAUGAGGAAGAGGAGGAGACAUCAAUAAUACUGCAGCAGCAGCCGGGCCUGACACUCCUCGACCUUCAGUCUGAUGCAUUUAGAGAUGACACCCCAACGCUUCCUCCCAACAGUGCCCCCGCUUUCCACUAAGAACAUCGCCUCUGCUGACCUGUGAGGAAACAUCUUGAGACGAACUGUGGCAAUAACUGUUGGGACAAAAAAAAAUUAAACAAAAACAAAAAACAGCUGCAAAACAGCAAACAUGUUACCAUAAUAAUGGUUGCCAGGAUUUUGAUAUUUUCUGAUCGGGGAAAAUGAUCAUCAAAACACAAAUGGAAGAUUUGUGGGUCAUUUCUUUUCGGAUGGUUCAUAUUCUCAAAAACCCUGAUGUUGCAACAUUUUUGUUCUUUUCUGCUCCUUUUCCUUUCACAUAGUUUAGUUGAAAUAUUUAUGUGCUUAUUCCUUCAGUAUGUAGGAUGUUGUAAAUCACAGUAUGCUUGCUGCCUGCUGAUGGUUCAUAUAACUUGGAACUGCACAGGUCUUUGACAUGUGUUUUUUGUUACAAGGGUUUACUUUCAGCAGCAAAGAACCAACAGUUCUUGAAGUAAGAUAAAUGUUUGAACCAAAAUGUUUUUGCUUCUGUGGGAAACCUAAGUAAACAGACAUUAUUAUUUUAAAUUUAAACAAUGAAGGAUUUGUUCUCUUUCAAUGGGAACGAUGAGGGUUGUAGCAUAUUUAGUAUUUUAAAUAUUUCCUGUUUGCGUGUUUGAAAUGUUAUUAAACUUAAGGCCAGAUCCAGACACUACACACUCCGUUAAUGUAAAAACAUAUGAACUUGAAGUUUCUCAAGUAAAGAGAGCAAACAACUGAACUAAAAUUAAAUAUUGUAAAAUGUUAUUCAUGUACUUUAAAUGUUGACUAAUGCUUUGAAUGCUGUAUAAUUUAAAUUUGUAAAACACACCUGAGGCAACAUUCAUGAGAUAAAUUCUGUAUCUGGUAUCCUUGUUAUGGAAAGAUUUCAUUCUGACAUGUGAAAUAUAAACACAUUUUUUUUACAUGCUUCAGCUUGUAGUCAUUUUUAAUAGUUAAAAUUUCACCUGUCACUAUGAAAAAUAACAUGGAAAACCCCUCAACAGUAAGAAGGGUGUGUGUGAUGUGUACGUCACAUUUUGCUACACAAGAUUUUCAUGUGUUUUGCAAAUCCUUUUCUGUCUGUUUCACAUUAGGAAUGUUUCUGUGUUACACAUUUUACAACACAAUCAUUUUCACAUGUACAACAACUUUCACAUUGAAAAUAUCAUAAAUUUACAUUUGGAAAGGUUUUCCUCACAGGUUUCACAUUUUCUACAAAGUAAAAAUUUACAUAUUUGUUUCAAUGUUUUUACAUAAGAGCAUCUUUGAAUGUAAGACGUGGGAAAAUGUUCCACAUGUUCUUCAUGCUACCUACCGCACAAUAUAAUUUAUGUGAAACACAUUGGGAAAUGUUCUUCAUUUCAAAUGUUUCCUCAAUUGUUACAGGACAACAUCAUUCCUAUAAGUUUACACAAUAAAAUGUUCACGUGUUAAA